GGCGCGCGCGCUCAGAGGGAGGCCGGCCGCUGCCCGCGCCGGUGUCCUCCCGUUGCCGGGCCAAGCCUCGCCAGACUGCCCGGCCCCGGAUCCAGCUGCUCUCAGCGCGGGAUUCACGCACCCCGGGCUCGAACCUCGGACGUACACCUGAGAGCUCGGCCGGAGGGUGGGUCCAGGCCCAGCGGAGACAUGGGGAAAUUUCAGUCCAAGCACGCCGCAGCAGCCUGCAAGAGGAGAGAGAGUCCCGAAGGGGACAGCUUCGUGGUGUCUGCGUACGGGAGCGGUCGCAAAGGAGCGGAAGAGACCGACCGGCGUGCGGGCAGCGGUGUGGAACAUUGCGCACGGGACAAGCAGGAGCUGCUCAAUGGAGACCCUAAGGAGGGGUCUUUCUGGGAAGACAAGGGUUCCCUAGAAGUUGUGCUGCCCCCUGAGAAGUCUGAGGGCCAUGAAGGUCAGGGCCAGAUCUUCAGCACAGAUGAUGGGGAGAAGGCAGCAAGCCGUGAGGGUCCACCAAGACUUAGCAAGAAGCACUUGAACAUUGACGCACUGCAGUGUGACGUCUCAGUGGAAGAAGACAACCGCCAAGAAUGGACAUUCACGUUGUAUGACUUUGACAACAGUGGGAAAGUCACCAGAGAGGACAUGUCCAGCCUGAUGCACACCAUCUAUGAGGUUGUCGACGCCUCUGUCAAUCACUCCUCGGGCAGCAGCAAGACCCUCCGAGUGAAACUAACUGUCAGCCCUGAACCCUCCAGCAAGAAGGAAUAUCCUCUCACUGGCCAAGACCGGGAGCCCACUCGUGGCAGAACAGAGAUCGAGCUCACAGAUGACCCCCGAGUGGCUGACAGAAGGCUAUCCGCCUACAGCAGGAAGCCCAAUGCUGAUCCCCAGCCAUGCUCUGUGCGAGUGCCCUACUGUGUGGAUGAGAAUACAGAGCGCAGAAACCACUACCUAGACCUUGCUGGCAUCGAGAACUAUACAUCUAAGUUUGGUCCCGGGUCACCACCUGAGCAGGUCAGGCAAGAACAUCAUGGCAGGGCCACACACAUUCCAAGCAGGUCCCGAUCACAGGAGUCGGAUGCCCACGCUAUACACCACCGCAGGUCUCAAGUCCUGGCUGAGCAUGUCAUACCAGCUAAUGAGCCUGCCACCCGGGCCCUGGCUGCACAGCCCCGGCUCAAGGGGCAGGAGAAGCAGUUCCUCAGGUCUCCUAAGGGUCCGGGUAAACCUCUUGGGGCACCAGGCAGCAGCAAGCCAGGGAAAGCUCUCAGCUAUUGCCUGCAGGCUGUGCCACUGCCCCAGGGUGCUCAGGACGGCCACCACCUUCCUCAGCCCCCACCACAGCCUCCGCCGCAGCCCUAUGGUCACAAGCGGUAUCGGCAGAAAGCCAGAGAAGGCCACUCACCACUCAAGGGGCAUGGCCAGCCUACCAUGGUGGAGCAUGAAGUGGUUCGGGACCUGCCUCCCAUGCUGGGGCCUGAGGGCUACGUGGUGCCUGUGAUCCAGAGGCAUGAACACCACCAUCACCAUGAGCACCACCACCAUCACCACCACCACCACUUCCACCCAUCCUAGCACCCAAACAAGCGCUCUGUCCAAAUGCCCUUGGGGACACGGCAGGUGCUGGCAUGUGCCCAGUAGAGAGUACAGCAUCCCCUGGCUCAAACACCAGCUGCAGAUGUCAAAGGGGCACCAGGGAGAUGGCACCAGGCUGGAUAUUCAUGGACAAAGCUACCUUUCUCCAUGCCAUUUGGAUACCAGUCCAUUUGAUGCAGCUGAUGAUUACCAGUAACACGUGCUCUGGUGUAAUCCAGAAAGCCCAUACGUGAGGGUACAAAAGCAUCUGUUCCUGCUUUUGCUGCAGUGUGGCCAUGGGAUGUUUGAAGACAUUCUUUGUAUCCUCAUGGUUCUUUGACCUUCGGGUACCUGAAUGGAAAAGGCAAUGCUUUCUGUGAAGUUUAUAUGUUGUAAAGUCAGUGGACUGGGCGUGGAAAGUGGUUCUUCUUCAGUGUACCAUGUUAAACAGAGCAGAACAAAGAGGCCAGAGUAUCAGCAAAUGUGGAGGGGGCACGGUUGAGCAGAGGAGCGGGGUGAUGUUCAGUGGGCAGCAUGAAGCUUGGUUUCAAGCUUCCAGCAUCCUAGGUAGACAUGGAUAAGACCCAGACAGGUUGAGAUGAGAUGGAUCAAGUACUAUGCUGGAAGUCCCCAUCCAGGCUAUGCAUAGCCAAGUGAUAUUUAGGUAUCCCUCCAUAAAGGCUGCAAAGGUGUGGGGACCUCAACAAGUCAUGAUCUUCGUGGUUCCACUAGCAGGACACAGCAAGAGGAACUUUUUAACCUCUUGUGAGUUUGUGAAGGUGGCAUUAUGCCUUCUUGGCAUAAUAAAAAAUUGUGCAUUCUGUAACAUGGCAUACAUACCCUUGUAUUAAAACACUUUUCUGAGA